AUGCGUGUGUCGAAGCUCCCCAGCGAACACCACGUCAAACGCAACCCCCACGGCAACUUCAAAGAAGUCGAGUCCUCCCGCGUCGACUGGCGCCAAGAAGGCUCCUGGACCAUCUACAAAACCAAGAACCCGGACUGGAAACCCGGCCAAGGCUCGAACGAUGAUGGCGAAUGGAAGAACCACAAACACAUCCCCAUCGACCCGUACCAGGACGGCCGACCCGCGACCUUCAACUACAAGCUCCUGAUCAGCGCCAUCAUCCCCCGACCCAUUGGAUUCGUGAGCACGCGGUCCAAAGACGGGAGUAGCACGAAUUUGGCCCCGUUUUCGUACACGCAGGUCAUCAACCACGACCCGCCGAUCUUCAUCAUAGGCUACGCGGGCGGGUUCGACAAGGCGAAGGACUCGCUGCGGAAUCUAGUCGAUUCGGGGGAAUGCACCAUCAACAUCAUCAGCGAGCACUACCUUGAAGCAGCCAAUGCCAGCUCCGUGAACGCGCCGUACGGGGUUUCAGAAUGGGCACUGACGGGUCUGACGCCGAUGGAGUGUCAGGAUGUCAAAUGCAGUAGAGUUGGAGAGGCGGUGUUUAGUGUCGAGGGCAAGCUGUUGGAGACGAAGGAGUACGAGAGCCGGGCGACGCCGGGGAAGAGGACGGGGGUGUUGGCAAUUAUUGAAGGGGUGAAGUUUUGGGCGCGGGAGGAUGCGUUGAAUGAGGAGCAGAAUCAGUUGGAUACUAAUGUGCUCCGGCCCAUGGCCAGGUUAGGCGGCAUUACGUACGCUCGAGUGUCAGAGGGUGUGGAGAUUCCCAGGCCAGAGUGGGAUGAGUUCAAGAAGGAUGCAGAGCCUGCUGGACUGGCGAAGCCGAAGGCGGACGGUCAGUGA